AUGCAGGCGGAACGCGGGGCCCGGGGAGGCCGGGGGCGGCGGCGACCAGAGCGGGACCGGCCAGGUCAGGGUCCUGAGCCGGGGCCCGGCGCGGCCGCGAGAGGCGGCGGUGACGGAGGCGGCGGCGGCGGCGGCCGAGGCGGCUGGGACCGGAGCCGAGGCCGAGGCCGGGGCGGCCGCGGGGGCCGAGGAGGUCGGGGAGGCGGUGGCGGCGGUGCCGCACACGGGGCCCAGCGGGGCGGCCGCCGGGAGCAGCGAGGCCGGAGCACGGGGCCCAGUGAUCUGGUAGAAGGUGAUGAUGCAGAAACCUAUGAAGAAGAGAACAACGAAUGGGGAAAUUAUUCCAGAAGAAAGAUUGUCUCUAACUGGGAUCGAUAUCAAGAUUUUGAGAAAGAGGCAGAAAACGAAAGUGCAGAGUCACAAAGGGGGACGGAUUUCAGUGUCCUGCUUAGCUCUGCAGGUGACUCCUUCUCACAGUUUCGUUUUGCAGAGGAAAAAGAAUGGAAUACUGAAGUUUCAUCUCCUAAACAAAUAUCAGCCCUUUAUGUGGACUGUGAGUCACUGGUCCGAGCCCUUCAAGAAGUGCCUUUGUCACUCCGGCUGAAUGUGGCUGCUGAGUUAGUCCAGGCUGCAGCUCCUCUAGAGCUUCCCCAGAUGAAAUCAAAGAAAAUGGAAGAUGGCAAGGGGCUGGGUAUGCAGAUGAGAUGGCCCUUGGGGCCAGGCUCUGAUGUGAUCUCUGAUGCUGCCAGCCGUCCAGUGCCCACGGGUAAAGAUGGACCUAGGCCAUGCACUUCAGAAGCUUUUCAGAAAACCACUCCACCACUGCAGCAAACUGUCGACCACCUAGAUGAAGAACUUGAUCUGUUGCUAAAUUUAGAUGCUCCAGUAAAAGAGGAAGAUAACGCUCUAACAGCUCAGACAUAUCAAGAUACCAAAGCUAAAAAAGAUGGAAAGAGGGUCCAAGAGGAAAAUGUUCCUGAAAAACUCUCUGUGACUGAAGAAAAGAGUUUGGAAUCUGAGCUACCACCAUGUACAUCCAAAAAUGUUACUGAGGAAGAGCUUGAAGAUUGGCUGGACAGCAUGAUUUCUUAAAGAAAAAAAUGCCUGCAGAGAUGGAGCUGACCUGUUACUUAUGGGUGGAUUAAAAGAAAACUGUGAAUGAGGCAAUCCUUCAGGAAGAGCUAUUUAUAGCACACCCCCAAAUCAGUUUCCAGCAUGGUUAUGGUAGUAUGCCUCCCUCUAUAUUUCAGACAACAGUUGGCAUAAUAAAUUACAGAGGCUCAUUCCAGUCAUUCUUUCUGGCAUAGAAUUCUAAUAACCCAACUUUCUUAAGCAAGUGGAAUGCCAUCUCCUAUCCCAUGGGCUUCCCAUCUGCUGAGUAAAAUCCGGGUUCCACCUAGUCCCCAGUGUUUGUUUACAGCAAAUUAGGUGCUGCUGAAUAACAGGAUGUGACAAGAACAAGUUAUGAUUGGUACCUAUAUGCAUUUGGGAAAAAUAAAUUAUAAAUGCUGGUAAAACUA